AUAAACCUUUACGUGAUCUUCUACAUGAGCUGCAGAAAUGGACUAGAGGCCCAUGUGUGACAGGGCAGCUGCUGCAGCUCGUGGAAUAACUUAACCCCAGACUUUUGGGGAGUCACUCCUUCAGGGCCCGAGGGAUCUGAUCCUAGUCGUCUUGACUAUCCCACCUGUCUAAAGGCAGACCCCCUCUAUCCAAUGGCAUGGGUCAAGUUCUUCAGGAAGCCGGGGGGCAAUCUGGGGAAAUCCUACCAACCGGGGAGCAUGCUGUCUCUGGCCCCCACCAAAGGACUGCUCAACGAACCGGGCCAGAACAGCUGCUUCCUCAACAGUGCUGUGCAGGUACUAUGGCAGCUGGAUAUCUUCAGACGCAGCUUGAGGCAGCUACCUGGACACUUCUGUCUGGGAGAAUCCUGCAUCUUUUGUGCUUUAAAGGGCAUUUUCUCCCAGUUCCAGCACAGUCGGGAGCGCGCCCUGCCCUCUGACAACCUGCGUCACGCCUUGGCAGAGACCUUUAAGGACGAGCACCGCUUCCAGCUGGGCUUCAUGGAUGAUGCCGCAGAGUGCUUUGAGAACAUACUGGAGAGGAUCCACCUGCACAUUGUGCCUGAGGAGACGGAUGCCUGCACUUCAAAGUCUUGCAUCACGCAUCAGAAGUUUGCUAUGACACUUUAUGAGCAGUCCGUGUGCCGUAGCUGUGGGGCAUCCUCCGACCCACUGCCGUUUACAGAGCUGGUACAUUAUGUCUCCACCACCGCACUCUGUCAACAGACGCUUCAGCGCAGAGACGAGUCAUUUGGGGAACUGUUACAAGCAGCGAGUACGAUAGGGGACCUUCGUAACUGUCCAAGCAACUGUGGUCAGAGGAUUAGGAUCAGACGGGUCCUCAUGAACUCCCCAGAGAUAGUUACCAUCGGCUUCGUCUGGGACUCUGACCAGUCAGACCUCACAGAAGAUGUUAUCCGCUCGCUGGGGCCUCAUCUCAGUCUUUCUGCACUCUUCUACAGGGUGACAGAUGAGCAUGCCAAAAAGGGAGAGCUGCUGCUGGUGGCGAUGAUCUGCUACUCCAGCCGUCACUACUGUGCCUUUGCCUUUCACACCAAGUCCUCCAAAUGGGUCUUCUUUGACGAUGCCACGGUGAAAGAGAUCGGCUCCAGGUGGAAAGAUGUGGUCAGCAAAUGUAUCAAAGGUCACUUCCAGCCUCUUCUCCUCUUUUACGCCAACCCAGACGGGAGUGCCAUCAACGCAGAUGAUGCCUCAAGACAAAACAGCAGCCACUCUCACUACAAGACCUCUGUCAAUGGAGAGAUGCAAGGCUUAGAGUCUCCAGUUGUAGCCCACAAGAAGCUGGACCUCACCAGGGAGAAUCUGAACGCUCUGUUGGGCCACGGCUCUUUCAAACAGAAGAACCCAUCGACCCACAGCAGGGGCAGCAUUCAGACCAGUGGAGAACGGGGACAAGUGAAAAUUGGUACCAGCGAACCCAAGAGUCGCCUCAGGGAUAUCUCUCGAGAAGUUGCCCACAGAGCAGGAGAGAUGCGUGGGAUGCAUCCAUCCAGAAGAGAGCCUGAUAGGAGCGGUCAUCGGAGGCCAGAGUCACGCUACAGAGCAGAUCCGGGUCAGGACAGGACCUACUCCCGCUCCGUCUCCCCUCCAGAGAAUGGCUUCAAACAACACCUGGAGACUCGUCUGUACAGCAGCCAAGGAAAAGGUCCCAUACGGACUGAGCGAACACCGCACCUUGGUGGGCGGUCCUCGCAUGAGCCCCCUCACUCUAACUCGAGGGUCCAAGUGUUGCCCAGAGUGCCCAGCAUCGGUAGUGAUCAUCACAGCCGGAGAUUAGACCAAGUCUCCAACGGAUACGAUACCGACAUCAGCCAGGACUCCAGGGAGCGUCCCGGAAGCGGAGGGAACAGCCGCAGCAGGCCCAGCCGCCCCUGGAAGCCCAUGCGCGAGGUGUUAAACGUGGACAGUGUUUUGAGUAGCGGCAGUAACUCGGUUGGUCAAGAGCGAAGGCAGCACAGCCCGCGGAGAAGACCCAGCAGUCAGUCGCCCUCCCGUGACCGAGAGCUCGACAGAGAUUUUACGUGGGGAGGCAGAGAAGAACGCAAACCUAAGAGCCUCAUGACCAUCUACGAGGACGAGCAGAGGCAUGAAACAGGCGGCAGCCGAAGCUCGCUGGACUCGGAUGGCCGGGGCGGCUCCAGCGACAAGGACAGGUCAAAGGGCUCAGCGGCUCUUAAAGUGCGGAAUGACAAUUGGAAGAUCCAGCGGACUGAAUCCGGAUAUGAAAGUAGUGACAGACUCAGCAAUGGCUCGGCAAAUCUUGACUCACCUGUGGUAGACAACCUUUCUUCCAAAGACCUGCGCACCAUUCCUGAGCUGCAUCUCACAAGGGAUCACUUCCCUCAGAGAAGAAGCGAUGAUUUGAAGGCUGACAUAUUGCACUCCACAUACUCCACUGGUGAACAAGGAAGAGAAUCUCCAGAUCUACUAGACGGAGACAUCCUAUCCGGUCAGCCAAUACAAAGAAGAAGAGCCUUCCGGUACACUCCUGGGAUUUUUGAAAAGAACAAUGGUCUGGACAGCGAACAGGAGGAAAGCGUGGACGGUAGCCCUGUGAGCCCCUUGCCCCGUUACUUAGCAAAGACCAGCAGUUCUGAGUGGAACAGCUCGGAUGACCUCGCUGGACCCUUCUCUGAACAAGAAGAGACUGGCCCUCUUGCCCACAUAGACCCUUUCUCGCACAACUAUCCCCCACCUCUACCCCCCAAGACCUUUGCCGACAGUCACGCCGACGUCCACUCCCAACCCCCGGAAGUGCCAACGCGGUCGAGCCCCCGCUACGAACCCAAAAAUGGCUUGUCUCCACUCUCGCACACCACCCUGCGUCGGUGGAUUGAAACACCUGCCGACCACCGGCUUUCAUCAGAUGCCAGCUCCAAGUCGGGGUCAUCGGAUCAAGACAGGAACGAUCUGUCGGCCAGCGAGAGCGACGAGAGGUUACCCAGCCCAAACCUCGGACAUCAUGACGGCAUGGACUCCCCCGGUCUCGCAGACAUGGCUCUUCCCACCACGUACUUUUCUGUGGAUAGCUGUAUGACGGACACUUACAGGGCCAAAUACCACAAGAGACCCGCCUACAUGAAAGCAGAAGACCAUACGUCAUCAGGGGAGAGUGACGUGGAAGGAAGGCUCCCUUUGUCAGAUGUUCAACCAAAAUCCAAAAGCAGAUCAGAAUUAGGCUAUACUACCACAAAGACUACUGCAAAGUGGAACCCGAUUACUUCAAAAGGACUUGAUGAGCACGGUUUCUUAUGAUUUUAGCAAAAGCAUCAAUCGACCUUGUGUAAUCCAGUGACUGGAUGCCAAAAAUAAUUGCUAUGCACUAUGGCUGCUACACAGUUUGACUCCCUCUGACUGCGAUGUGUGUGUGUGUGUAUAUGUAUGUAUGUAUGUACACAUACACAUACACAUAUAUACAUACACACAUACAUAUACAUACAUACACACACAUACUUGUCAUACAGAAAGUCGGACAUGAAACUGGAUGCCAAAGAGAUUGUAAAAAGAAUGGCAGGUGUCCUUAAUAGCUAUCCUUCUGUUUUAGUAUGAACUACUAAACGCUUUGAAUGAAUAGUGAAUUUGCACAGUAAAGAGCACCAGAAAGGUACAGAAACAUGCCCAAAACAUUUUUGCUGUCUGGACUGUUGGAGCUCAAAAUCAAUGGGGUUAGGUUCGUAAAGAAUGUGUCACAGAAAGCCACUUUACCACACGAGAGAUUAACAUUUUUAUUUUAUGUGAAGAAAUCCCCAACUUCUUGCAGUUCUACUUUCUCCCACUUCCUGAAAUGCUUUAAUUUGUUUAUUUAAAUACUCUCAUUUAUUUGUCUUACAACUUGUCUGCCCCACUCUCUCUUUUUGACAUAAUAUACCUUUUUUGUAGAUUUUGGAAAGUAGUCCACCCUAUUGGUCACUCUUUUGGCACGACUUAAAAAUGGAUCCCAAGGAUCUGUGUGAAUGUGAAGCUCCCAGGACACCCACAUAUGAGACCUCGUCAUAGGACUGAUAAGGCAGGGAAACCUACAACCUCUGCUUCUUGUUGGUACGUGGAGUUUAUUGACCUCUGCAAAGAAGACGUUUAGUUAUUUCCUUUGUCUCGAGGUCUAAUACCUCUGAUCACCAGGGUGUCCAGGGCCUUUAAGGUGAUGGGUACUUGUGCUUAAUUGAUUGAUUAUUGUUGGAAAGGUAUGUGACACAGUAACACCAGGCACAUCCCUAUCUCCUCACAUGCACGCCUUCACACAUCCUGAACUGU